AGGAGUCCCAUUACAGGUAGAAAGUUCAUACAAAGUGUUGCUCGGGCGCGUGUGCACAGGUGCCGUGCUGCGUCCGGCGCAAUUUUGGAAGUACUCGUGUAAAAAGAAAUGCUCGCAUCCCCUUGCGAGCCAUGCGUAUGCUAGCCACGCAGAAUGACGCUCGCCUCUGCCGCACGCAACACGAGUCCAGACACACACAGUGCGGGGCUAUGGGCCGUCAUUACCUCAGCAGACUCGCCGGCGCUCUCGCAUCAGGCGCGAACAUCGGCGCUAAGCGGAAAAAGCAGCCCGAGUACCGCGCAGGUCCUACCGGUUCCCCUAGUCGCAGGAGCUCCUACGUCCACCGUCGAUGCAGCGCGAGCAGCCUCUCCCCGGCACCACGAGCCGACCUCCAACCGCGCUGGCAGAAACGUCCCAUUUUGCGGACCACUGCUGACAGUCGUCGUGUUUUUCUUGGUGCUUCCCGAGAUACCGGAUUCCGCCCCCGGCGCGACGGAGCUCGGAACAGUACCCGUCAUCGUCGGACGCCGUUACAUAUCUGUGCUCUACCUGCUGCUGAUUGGAAUCGUCCUUGUCGCGACAGGAUAUGCAAUGUCGCGACGUGCUCUUCGGGGACCACGUACCAAGUACUCUUGUUUGCGUUUGUCGAGUAGAACUUACAACAGUCAGUCACUUCCCUUUGACAUGAUCCAUCAGCCAUCGAACCGAUGUUAAGCAAAAGUAGUGCGGCCGAACCUGCCGGUGUCAUGGACCACGAUAAUGUCACUGAAAACAGAUAUUUCUCCGUGGCUCAGCCCGAGCCGUUUGCUCGCGGAGCAGCAAAAUCGGCGACAGCCCUGGAUGUAUCUGCACGAGUUGCAGAGGUGGCGGAUCACCUCCUUUCAACUCCAGCCGCGGCCGAAGGCACGCACGUGGUACAGCCGGUUGCGGCACUUCCUGAAGCCAUGCUGGAAGCCGGUUACAGAUUGGGCCAAGAAGCAGGGCGGCAUCUUGCGAACAAACUCGCAGGGGUCGCUUUCCGAUCUCCGCCGGUUACAGCUCCGGCCGCUAGUGGACAAGCUCGCGAGGAAGUUCCCCGGGAAAAGUGCCCUGGUAACGGCUAAGGAGGCACUCACAAAAUCACCAACCACGCGAAAACACGACAGUAAGCGAACCAGUACGGCGAGGAACUUUCACCGCUGGUGAUCGCACACAGGAACGCUCGCACGGACCGCCGCGGACAUUUUUUCUGCAUUCGAAAAUUGUUAUCAGAUUAGAAAUAUUACUAAUCCAGAUUAACUGCGGCGUUAAGUGCUCCUUCCAGUGUGUCUUCUACUGCGGAUUUUUUGUCUGUAGUUUCAUAAACGACGAAUCUUUUGGGGAUGUGGUUCCGACGGCAAGCGAGAGCAGCUUGCCGAAGGCUUCCACGGUUGGACAUUCGCGUGCUGCGCGGACCUCGCCGAAGCUUCGAAAGUCAGCUGCGCGGCGAAAAAUCCAGCAGAAAAAGGAAGGCGCCUUGCGGCCAAGGCAGCGUCUCGUACAACGAAAGCAUGGGAUAGAGCGACACCGCUUUGCGAGGCUAUAUGAUAUCUUGGAUAGCAGCACGCCGGUAGCGAAAAGCGGUAACAAGAGCAGCGAUAUUGUGUCGCGGAGCCGAACUGCUCAAGAGGCGUUGCGCCUGCAGCCUCUACCCGUAACGACGCUUGUCACCAUCGCGGUUCUCCACACGCGGCUCCUAUUUGCUUUGGUCGUACUCUCCGCGGGUGCUGCCCAUUUUUCUUCCCGGAAGCGAAGCGGCUUCACGGUCGAAGAUGUGGCUGAGAGUGUCUCGUCCCUACGUUCGAGCCUCGCGGCCUCCGCCGUCGUUUACACGUUGGGGGUUUUCACGGCCCAGCGACUCGCUGCGAUCUAUCUUCCGGAUCCCGAGAGCCCGCGCGCACAUCACACAUGGAAGAAACAAGCCGGAGCGGCAACAAGUAGCCCCGCCGCACGAGGGCGGAGCCACUCUGCUGCAGCGCACCCGCCAGUUUGCGCACGGUUUGUGUCUUCGGUUUGGCGUGCGGCGAAGCAUUUUCUGCUCGGCCUGUACGGUCCGAUCACCGGUGUGUUUUUGCGGCCCAAGGAGGAGCCUGCUCCACUGCCCCCCCGCGCCUCUUCGCAAGUCAUAACCCGAUUUCGGAACGUGGCCCCUUUGGCCCUGGGCUACGUCUGCCUGGACGUCCCGCUCUUGCUGCUCGUUCUCGUGCUCUUCGUGCUUAGCUCGGCAGCGGUCGCGGCUAUUGGGCUUUUCUGUUCUGGUGCAGCAGUGUUGGGGAUUCGGCGACACCUGUUCCUGCAUGCGCUCCCGGAACUGUAUCACGGCACUUUCUACGCGGUCCGCCUCGUGUACCAAGAGCAAAAAUCGAUCGCCGCCGCCCGUUGGAACCAUAUCAACCGCUCCAGAAUUGCCGCCACCAAGUUGGGGUAAGGAAUAAGAAGGUUGUUCGCGGACCACAGGACUUUGCAAGUUAAUGCUUGGUAAAGCUCCAGCCAAAGCCAAAGGUCGUCCUCCUCGUGCGAAUUCUCUUUAAAGCGUUUUCAGAAUCUCUAAAGAAAGAGAAACGAUUUCAUGUAAGUAGUUUCUAGCAUGCAUAAGCAGCUACCCGGCCUACUCGGAGAAGUUUAUUGAGACUUUUUUUGCAAAGUAGUCCGCUUGUUUCCACGACCCGGGACACUAAUUUG